AUGGGCGCCGUCGUCUCCUGCAUCCGUGACGCCUUCCGCGCCAUCGGUCGCGCCAUCAUGGCCGUCGUCAGCGGCAUUGGCGGCAUCAUCACCGCCAUUGUUAACGGCAUCGUCAGCUUCAUCGGCGUCAUCGUCGGCUUCCUCACCUGCGGUUACUGCGGCGGCAAGCGCCAUGGCCGCACCGGAGGCACCCGCGGUCAUCACUCCACGCGCACCAGCAGGGUAUAA